AUGGCACCGGGAUGCUGGACAUGCCGCGUGAGACACAGGAAAUGCGACCUUGAAACACCCUCUUGCAAGGAAUGCGCUGAUCGGCAUGUUCACUGCCACGGCUAUGGGCCCAAGCCAGCAUGGAUGGACGGUGGAUUAGAAGAAAAAAAGGAAAAAUCACGGAUCAAGGCUGCUGUCAAGGAGAACUUCUGCCAUGUUAAAAAAAUGCAGGGUCGAGCUCGGCGAAGGGCUAACGAGCUCUCUCGGUCAUCAUUCAAAACACCGACGCCGACGCCGACGCAUGAAGAAAGACUACCAAACACCGUGAUUACACCAUCAAGUCCAUCGUGCUCACCUCGUCGAGCCACGACUUCGGAGCCUCAUUUUGACAGUGAAAAUAAUGUUCAGAGCUGCUCUCCAGACAACGUUGAACCACCCACGCCGCCCAGUCCUCGACCUCUCGAUAACUACGGCACUAUUGAUCCGCAGGAGGCCUGGCUCUUGAUGCAUUAUCUUGACCAAGUAUUUCCGUGGCAAUUCCCUUAUCACGACCCUCGCUCGCGACUAGGGAAUCGGGGCUGGCUUUUCCUACUGCUGAUAAAACGAGGACCUCUCUACCACGCCGCAUUGAGUCUUUCGUCACUUCUCCAAAGUGCAAUACUCGAAACCGAAGAAGAAUUUCAAAGGAAACAGAGGGCACUGGACCACCACUCGCGAGCCUUGCGAGAGCUAUGUGACCUCAUGAGUGAGAAGGGCGACAAGCUACGCGAGGACCAUGGCGAGUUGGCGGAGUUCUUAACAUGUAGCUUCAUGUUAAUAAGUUUCGAGGUGAGAGAAGCAUAUUCAUUCUUCUAUGCAUCCAAGCAGGCUGCUAACACCACGGUCCAGGUAUUUAGUGGUGCGGAGCACGAUUGGCUAGUCCAUCUCGAUGCAGCAGCAUCUGUCAUGAGUUUAUUAUCAGCUGAGGCUAUCUUCAGUCCAAAAUUAUCCGAUACCAAUAACCACCUAAGUCCGCUCGUGGAGAACCCUCGUCCGGAAAAAGGCGGUAUAAAUGAUGGUCUCAAGUUCUUGAUGGUGACGGUGAUUUGGUUUGACCUUUUUGCCUGUCUGCCAACAGGACGCGCGCCACGACUACCUUACCAGCGCUGGCUUCAGAUCCCGGGGUUGAACACAGCCGACCUCAUGGGGUGUCAGAACUGGGUCAUGAUAGCGAUCGGUGACCUCGCAAAUUUUGCCAUAUGGAAGGAUGUUCAAGAAAGGGAUGGUGUUUUAAGUAUUCGCGAGUUGGCCAGCAAAGCCGAGGAGAUAGAAAGACGCCUAGAAGAUGGGAUACAGAGCCUUGACUUGGCACGAAGCGUAAGUUGA